ACUAGCGGAAGGAAAUCCGGUGUAAGAGAAAAAUGUUAGAGUUUCUCGGGUCGGGGCUUUGGCGGUGUAAAUAUUAGCUUUAGGAUAAACGACAACAAACCAGGGCGUUUUGGUAAGCCGUAUGACAGCAAAACAGUUGCCAUUACGGCUGCACGGUAACGUCGGCUGUUCCUUUUAGUUUCCCCGCCCCCUCCGGAAAAGUCAACCUAGUCGUCAUUAUUGUUAUUUUUUAAGGUGACGUGGAGUCGGACCCCUUCUUCCACACUGGCUCAUGGGUCAUUAAAAGUACAGCAUGUACCCGAAUAUGAAGGCAGUCAGGUCCUAAAGCGGCGGGGAUUGAAAGAUGUUGAGCUGUGAGUCUGAAAUGUUACACUGAGGCUCAGUUUAGACGCGUAUCCGGGCACAGAGGAGACCGAGAAGCGGCCUGGAGUCCGAGGAAUCAGGCAGCCAGACAGGUUUCGGCGGAUCUGCAGCAUCAGGACUCAAGUGAUCAACUUGAACCGGUAUUGUGGCUUUUUCAUACUUCUUUAUUGUUUGCCGUCAUCUCAUUUAAUCCGGAUUUAUUUGCACCAGUGAUGAUCAGAUUGGAGGUGUUUCUGUGUCUGUGGAAACCUGCUGUCAUCAGAGCCUUCAAUCCUAUAUUUAAAGUCAACACAGACACUUGAACAUAUGUUGGGCCUAACACACAAACUCAGUAUGACUGUGACUUUUGACAACUAACUCUACAUCCCUCUGUCAAUGUGAUGCUGCGUGCUUUUCUUUGAACUAGGAUUAGACAAAGUUUAUUGCUUUUGAAUUCACCAUAUGGUAAUUUAUUGGAUUUAGAUUAAGUUUGUAAAGUCGUUGCUAAAUAACCUUUAAGUGAAGAAAAAAAACACCUCACUGCCAGUAGUUCCUGUCAGAAAUUUACUCAAUAUGUAGGGGAGAGUGGGGUAAGUUGAGCCAUAGGUGAAUUAAGCCAACCCCUGUUGCUUGGAAAUGGUCAAAGAAAUUGAUCAUGUGACCAAAUAUUUAGGAGAUGGGCGUCAAUUCAAGGUUAGAAGCACAUGGAUAAAGGGGUUAGACAUUUAUUUACCAGAAAAAAACAUUUUUCACUCUUGAAAGUGAAUUUAGUCUGUCAUAAGUUUUAUUACAAAUUGUGUUCUUAUAUGAAAUAUGAAAAAUGGCUCAUCUUACCCCACUCUCCCCUACUCACAAACUCAUAACAGAUCCAAAUGGAAACAGCUCACCUGGUUGAUAAAUCACAACAAAUCAGGUGUAGAUGUCAUGGACGUAAGCUCAUUCUUAAACAUCGGCUAAGAGGGAUACUAAAGGUGUCAGGACAGAUAAUCUGUUUUUGAUCAUCUUGUUGAUCAUUUCCUGAUGGACUGUCCGUUUUGUAACAGGGGUUAUGCGGUGUGGAAUAGGACACCUGCCAGGUGGUUGCCAGAGGACGAUGAGCCUGCACUGCGUCUUGCUCCUCUGCUUUUUCUCCAGCUUGGCAGUGAGUUACAAGCAAGGGGACAACGUGACCCUCUAUGUGAACAAAGUGGGCCCUUAUCAUAACCCCCAUGAGACAUAUCACUACUACACCCUGCCUGUUUGCAGGCCGGAGAAGGUCAGUCUUUGUUCUUUUUGCCUGUGUAUUAAUGGACUGUUGUUGCUAUCCAUCCACAGUUGAAGUAAAUAGUCAUUUUACAUGUUAUAUAUAUUUAUAAUUAUAUAAAUGAGGAAAGAUGUUGUUUUGCAGAGAUAUCAAGUGAUAAAAGGAGAGUUGAUAACUUUUGUUUUUGGGUGAACUGUUCCUUUAAGGUCAUCCCAACUAUCAGUUUAAAGUGGUGAAUAGAUAAAUAAAGGUUAAUGAACAUAGUUACGCUCAUUUCUUCCAAUGGGUCUUAGCACAAGCCUGCAUGGCAGAAGAGCAGUUUGUGUUUGCUGCCUCACAUAUCUGAGACACAUAAAGAAAAAAACAAAACAUCACAUAUUUGGACCUGGAAUAUUAUCAUGCUAUAAAAAAGCGGCAUUUUUCUGUGUGUUCAUGGGAUUGAGUUUGCAGAGGUUGAAAAGAUAUAUGAUGUUGUAUGUUAGAUUUAAAUAUUAAAAUGUUACUUUACACAGUCUUAACAUAGUUACUUAAAUUUAAUACUAUCAAACUCUUAGAAGUUGGCAAAUUCAACCAUGUGAUAUGUCUCCAUCCAUUUGUAAUCCCACAGCAGAUGUUUAUAUUUUGAAAAAAAAAGAAAAUCUAAUUCACUCAUGGGCCACCUAUAAUAUAAAAUAUGCUCUCCUAGAGCUGCUCCAUUUAAUUCCAACUCUUUCUCUGAGUAAGUGCUGGCCCACAAGUGUUUUUAUUUUGACAUUUUCACAUGUGUAAGAAAAACUUGUAAAUGAAAAUCAUGUAAAUCCACUACAGUCAACAUGUCUUAUUAUGCAGGCUCCCUCUAAACACUCAUUUGAGGACUAUGGACUAAAGAAUGCUGUGUGAGGCUUUCUUUAAACAGUGUUACUUAUGUUGUACCACAUGCUCCUCAGGUGCAUCACAAGUCCCUGAGUUUGGGAGAAGUAUUGGAUGGUGACAGGAUGGCAGAGUCAUUGUAUCUCAUUCGCUUCAGAGAGAACGUGGAGAAAAAAACUGUCUGCCAGCUCACUCUCUCAGAGAGACAGGUAAUUCACCAAGUUUGUUUGCUCAACACACACUUAGUUUGAACACCGCACCGGCCUCAUGGGUUGGGUUUUAAUGUUCUGGGUUGGUGUUUGAUUUUAGCUUUUGGUUGCUGACUUCAUAAACGGCCCGAUUGCCUUCCUUGAAUCUACCAGAAUCUGUUGUAAUUGGUUGUGUCUUGCACAGAUCAUAAUCUUUAGUCUGUGCUGUGUUGUUUAGCUUCUGGGGAAUUUUCUAGUGUAGCAGAGUUCAUCACAGUUAAACUCUGCUUCACCAACAGCAAUCUAAAUCACAGUAAAAAUGCCCCUAUGUUGUGUUUGUUCCUUCAAAUUCAAACCUGAAAUACAAGCUGAACGACAAGUGGUGAUAAUUAAGAUGCACAUGGAUUGUAUUUCAGGUGGACCAGCUUCGGGAGGCCAUUGAGGAGCUGUUUUACUUUGAAUUCGUCCUGGAUGACAUUCCGAUCUGGGGGUUUGUGGGCUAUAUAGAGGAGAGCGGCUUCUUACCUCACAGUCACAAGGUAAACCAUUUCUGUCUCUUGGUUUUGCUGGAUAUGAGGAGUGUGUCAAUCUGUUAAAGCCAUACUCAUUGUCAUUCUCCCCUCAUUUUUAUGUAGUUCUCUCCCUUUUUUAAUAUCCACUUUCUCACUCCCUGUCCUGUUAUCUCAUUUUAAACAGGUGGGUUUGUGGACUCAUCUAGACUUCAAUAUCGAGUACAACGGGGACUCAGUGAUUUUUGCAAACGUCUCAGUGAAAGAUGUGAAACCCGUUCCUCUGGAGCCGGGAGCAGGCACAGCGGUGGGUGGAGUUGGUGUGGGUGGAGGCAGCCUCACAGUUACCCACACCUACAGUGUACGCUGGUUCGAGUCCCCCCUUAUUCAUGCCCGGAGAGCUGAACGCCUCAGAGAUUAUUCGUUCUUCCCCAAAACACUGGAGAUCCACUGGCUGUCCAUCAUUAACUCUCUGGUACUGGUGGUGUUGCUGCUGGGCUUCGUCAUCAUCAUCCUCAUGAGGGUCCUGAAGAAUGACUUUGCAAGGUUGGUCAAGAGAGAAUCAGAAUCAGAAAUACUUUAAUAAUCCCCAGGGGGAAAUUACUUUUUGUUACAGUAACUCCAAUGCAAAUAAAGUGGAAAGAGGAGAUAAAUAAUAGAUAAAAUAAGUAAAAUAUGUAAAAAUGAAGAGAAAAUAUACAGGUGUGAACACUGUAUACAACACAAAAUAGUAAAAUAAGAAGUUAGCUGUUUGAUUUGAGUCAGUGAAUGUGAAUCUUCAAUUCCAGGACUCCUUUAGAAAAAGUCAAACUUAAAGGUUGAUAAAACCUCAAGCUCUGAAUUUCUCAGGUAUACAACAUCCUGGUUAAAAGCAUCUUUCUCGCACCCGCAGGUACAAUGUGGAGGAGGAUGGGGGCUGUGAUGAUCUUGACCAGGGUGACAAUGGCUGGAAGAUCAUCCACACUGACGUCUUCAGGUUUCCUCCUUACAAAAGCCUGCUGUGCGCCGUGCUGGGAGUGGGGGCUCAGUUUCUUACACUUGCCACAGGUAAGCAUUUAUCUUAAACACUGGACACGAGGCUCGAAACUCAAUUCAGGUCAAUGCAGUGUAAUGCAAUCCAUUUUAGAAUAAUGUAGUUUCAUGAAAUAUAUAUUUGAUUGACACAAUACAUUCGAUAUGUAAAAAUACAAUCAAAAAGCAUACAGUAUACAUUGGAAACUCAAACACAUUUGAAACAUAGAUGUGGGUCGAAUUCCACAGCAGUGUCGGGGACCAUCAUUGUGCAGUUUGAAAACUGAGUAGCCUUGUUUUCAGUGACGUGCUGAUCCACAGCAGUCCUCUUAACAGCAUAAUGUCAGCACGAAAUGAAACCUGAUAGUAGCUGCAGGUAAAAUGUGCAGACGUCUGAUCCCCCUUUUGUUGCACUUCCACAGGAAUCAUCAUCAUGGCGUUGCUCGGGAUGUUUAACGUGCACAGACACGGCGCCAUCAACUCUGCUGCUAUCGUCCUGUACGCUCUGACCAGCUGUGUGUCAGGUUAUGUGUCAUGCAGCUUCUACACACAGAUCAACGGCCAACGCUGGGUGUGGAACAUCAUCCUUACCUCAACACUUUUCUCCGGUGAGUCUGUCAGUUUGUCAGCUGGGGGUCUCAAAACCAGUUGUUAACUAGAUGUUUUAAACCCAUUUUUCUUCAUUAACCCUCUUCUUUGCUUCUAAAUUUCCAUGCACAGUUUUGAAUUCAAGUUCGGCUGUUACUUAUUUAUUUGUUUGUGUCUGAUGCCCACAGCUCCUCUGUUCCUGACAUGGAGUGUCGUGAACUCCGUCCAUUGGUGGAGCGGGUCCACUCAGGCUCUGCCAGCCACCACUGUGCUCCUCCUGCUGGGUGCAUGGGUGCUAGUGGGCUUCCCACUAACAGUCAUCGGAGGCAUUGUGGGAAAGAACCGCGCUGGCAGCUUCCAGGCCCCUUGCCGCACACGCAACAUUGCUCGACAGAUCCCCACCCAGCCUUGGUACAAACACACAGCUGUUCAUAUGGCCAUCGGUGGCUUCCUGCCUUUCAGGUGAGCUGUUGUCAGAGAGUGUGUUUACCAAAGGAGAGAACUCAUGUUGUAAGGUCACUUCUUGUCUUACACCCAAGACAAUUAAAGUGGUAACGUUAGACGUUGGUACAAAGUUUUCUCUGUUUUUGUUAGGAGGAUCAAACCACACUGAUUAAAUUACAAAUGUCACUCCUGUAUUUACACUUCUUCCUUUUUAUAUUAUUUCCUCUUUCAGUGCCAUCUCAGUGGAGCUGUACUACAUUUUUGCCACCGUGUGGGGUAGAGAGCACUACACCCUCUAUGGCAUCCUGCUGUGUGUCUUUGCCAUCCUCCUGUCAGUCGGUGCCUGCAUCUCUGUCGCUCUCACUUACUUCCUCCUGUCAGGUGAAGACUACAGGUGGUGGUGGCGGAGCGUGCUAAGCACCGGCUCGACUGGCCUUUUUAUCUUCGUCUACUCCGUUUUCUACUAUCGGAACCGAUCCUCUAUGAGUGGCUUGGUCCAGAGCACCGAGUUCUUUGGAUACUCGCUCCUCACAGCAAUGGUUUUCUCACUGAUGCUGGGCAGCGUGUCUUUCUGGGCCUCACUGGCGUUCAUACGCUACAUCUACCGUAGCCUCAAGAUGGACUAGACGGAAUAUUGAAGGCAUGGAUACACAGCUGUAAACAAAAUUAUCCUUGUAGCACACAUGGACAAUCUCCAUACUGUCCCUUUGCUCUUUCAGUCAUUCACAAUGCAACUUAAAAACAGACAUGUACCUUCUCUUGGGUUAAUGGGAGCAAAAACGGGGGCCUUAUACUUGAGUAGCCAAUUGAAGUAUAGAUGUUAUUGUUGAAUAAGGGAUGACUGUUGAACAAGGGGAUCAACGACUCAGGAUGGUGGAUCAUGUGUGAGGAAUAAAUGGGAUGUUUCAUUAAAAAGGGAUUAUGAUGUCCUUAGAAAAUGAAAGGGUUAAAUGUAUGAAAUUGUGAGUCAGAGAAUUUAUAGCUGUAUGAUGCAGUGUGCUGUUUAAUGCUAAGAUUUGACACUCAGUCCUACCCACAUCACUGUUUAUCCUUUACAAUACAAGUAGUUUACUAAGUGGAUCUCAGUAAUAAAGCAGCAGUGAAAGGGUAUAACUCGCAUUUUUAUUACCAAACACUUAAUUUUGGCAGCGUAUUCUUGAAUGACGGGAAAGAGGUUUGUUUGGACCAGUCUGCACCGCAUGGCCCUGAAGUUCUUCAGAAGAAUUGUGGCUCUCAGAUUGAACAGCCAUUGAAAAACAUGGGUGAUGGGAGCAAUGUCAUUAAAUUCUAUAGUCACCACUGACUGUGAUUUUGGUUCUGAUGUACAUAUGGUCUUUUCAGUAAAAGCUUUUUAAGAAAAUAUUGUGCUAUUUCUUUACACACAAGUAAAAUUUCAUGUUUUCUGAAAUUAUGACACUUUUUUUGAGCUUUAGGUUUCGUUUAUUGCAAGUUGGACAACUGUGUCAAACACUUGAAAUGCAAUGGUUUCCUUACUUGAAUACAGCUGCAUUUGUGAUGAACCCACUGGUGUUUACAAUCCAGUGUGAUCACAUGCAAUUAAUUACUCACAAAAGAAUGAAAGUUGAUACAUCAAUGAUUCAUCAGACACUCAAAAUAGAACCUCAAGUUGAUAGUGAACCUGUGUUACAGCAAAAAUUUCAUCGAACAGUGUGCGUACAAGCUGUGUUUCUGCACUUAACCAUUUAAAAAAGGAUGUCAUAAGACUGCAUCCAAGUUGGACACAGAUUGUGUAAGCGCAAAGAGCACACCAACAGACAUUAAAUAGUCAAGUAUAAAAAAUAGAACUUCAGUAUAAAAAAGUCAAACAGUAGUAUGAACAAGGCCUAUAUACAGUGGCCUGACACGCAAGAUAUCAGCUAAUCACAAACUUGAGUCAGGAGACUUGAAUCAAAGAAAAACAACACAGCUCUGGCUGUUUAAAGAGUCGUACACACUCAACACUACUGGCUGAUAUCAUGUACCAUGGCAGGUGACAUUGUGCUCUGGAUGCCGACUUCUCCAUCCUUGUCCUCAUAGCUGAAGUUUCGCCCAGUGUUAUUUACGGAGACUGAGCUAAAUGCAUUGUGGUUGUAUUCGUGAGUGGGGACACCAGGCGGCAUGGACCAGCCAGCUGCCUGAGGUCUGGACUGCAAUCCAAGUUGCUGUGAGCUUGUGGGCCAGGAUGGGUAGCCUGCAGAUCCAGCUGCAGAGCGCAUGGCAGCUAAAUAGAAGGCCAGGUUCUGGGGACUAGUAUUCUUCAUGGCUGCCUCCAUCAUGUGCUGGUUGUAGUGCUCCUUCAGUUGGGGUUGGCUCUCUCCCUGAUACUAGACAGCAAAAACAAACAAAAAAACAUUAAAGAUUUGACUAAAUUGCAUAAUUUUAUAGUAUACAACAUUGUAGGGCGUGUUACGUCUCGCCUUUAAGACUUCAAGCAGACUUUGGUUGGGCCUCCAUUGUGGACGUGUUACUCUAUGUCCAAGCCACUGAUUCUUUGUUACGAUUAAACAUGAAACUUGGGCAGGACAAUGGUCAGACAUCUCUUACAACUUCAACCCUCCUUGUUGCUAGUAUUCCAGUGUCACAUACUGCAUGGAGACCACUUACUGGUGGGAUAUGCUGAUUCACGUUGUGGUAGAUUGGUCCUCGGACCGGACUUUCUUUGUUUGCGGCACAGCGUUCAGGAGCCCAGGCGUUGUCUUUUUGGUGCCUUCUCAGCUUCAUUCUUCGGUUCUGAAACCACGUCUUCACCUUAAAUGUUAAAGAAAAUGUGUGAGGGUCACAAACAGAAAAGAGUUCCCCUAACUCACAAUCCUGAAAUUUAGGAUAAUCCUUUACCUGUUUGUAAGUCAGGCCAGUCAGUUCUGCUACAUUCUUCAUCUCAGCUGGGGUGAGGUAUCUCUGCACACUGAAGCGCUGUCUAAGAGUAUUCAUCUGGCUCUCUGAGAAAGCUGCCCGGACCUUCCCUUUAGGUUUACUUUCAGCACUAAUGCUCUGAUUGUUUGGGGCAGUGGUGGGUGCAGGUUGAAGAGCAGAGUUGUCAGUGCAAUCAUUUGCUUUGAUUACAAAAGAUUUGGCCUCCUCUAUGAGAGAGCUUGAGACAUGUUCGCUUGCAUCGGGGCUCCUACUGCUGGUCUCUUCAUCCAGAGCAUUCUUAGCCCAAGUGAUAGGGUCUUCUCUGGGGAGACUCUCUUCUCUGCUGCUGCCUGAACUCCAUGAAUCUAAAUGAGGGAACAUGUGAUGAUCAAAGUUAGUCAAAGGGAUUAGAUCAAAGCUGCUCAGUGUGAGAAUGUAUGUUUAGACAAACAGCAAUAUAGUGAUGUUCAGUACAAUGCACAACCUAUGUUGAACUGGUCACACUAAUAUCAACAUGUUGAGAAAUCCCAUACUCAAAUCAACUUACCAAAUGUUUUACACAUAGUUGUCAAAGGGAAAUGCAAAUCUUAUAAGAACAGGACAUUUAUUGAAAUUGUAAAAUAAAGCACAUCAUUGACAGAACAAAUUAAAUAUACAAUAUUGCAAUGAGGGUCAUAUCGCUUAAUUAAAACGAAGCUCUUUAGCCUUAAAGUGCAGAUUUACGGUUGUGUUUUUUAACGUAACUUAAUAAUUUUGAACUCUUGGAGGAAACUAUGUGAAACUGACGGUAAGAAAACGUUCAACUACCUGGUAAUAUGCACUUCCAAUUUGUUUUCGUCUUUCAAAAAUGCAGAUUUUACGGUUACGUUGCGAUUUCAGCGUAAAGUCAUAAUAAAGUGUUGAACUCUUGCAAGAAAACAUGUAAUAUGUCGUACAAACGUUUAAAUACCAGCGUUACAUACUGGUUAGUAUUGAUUUCCACCAUUUCUAUGUGUUUGUCAAAAUUUAACGUCCAUUUUAAUCAUAUAAACACGAGCACAGACAGAAUGAGCACGAGUUUGGACAUGUUUGUUGUUCUCACUCUCUGUCGCGAGAUGUCGCCACUUGGCCGACGCAGUAACUCUUCGUCGUUUUGGCGGGAUUUUUGACUUAACUUUAAACAACAAGAUGGAACUAAAUCAAACUUUAUGGCUUACUCUGCUUCAAGAAAGCUGGACUCUGGGCUCUCAGCCUCACGUAAGACCUUUGGGGAUUUGUUUUAACGGAUUAAAACUUUAAAUGUAUAGUUUAGUGCCAGUUGGUGCUCAUAUUAAUGUAAAUGUCAUUCACCUGGUGAUGUGUGCGCCUCCGAGUCACUGGUGGAGUCGCAGCCGACCUGCCGUGCCUCGUGUCCCGCCGUAUCGUAGGCGCCCCGGUAUUGUCCGUUAAAAAUGAGCCGUCGUGCCUGUGUGUCGGCGAGGUAGACAACCCCAGAGCCCUGAUAGUGAAGUUGGCCGUUCACAUGGUGGUGGUUCUCCGGGCUGCACGGCGGGGACUCCUCCUUAGUCCUGACGGUUGAGGCGUAGUUGACCACCGGGGUAACUCCCGGGCUGUAGUUGCUCAAAUCCCCGGCUUCGCUCCAGCUGGACAAAGUUCCGCGGUGUUGCUCAGGCCCGGGUUGGUACAUGAGGCCGUAGGCGUAGGCAUGAUAUGAGGGGUUGUAGUUGUAACUUAUCUGGGGCUUCCAGUCGGCCAUAAUCCCGAACUUCUAGCAACCGAAGUAAUAAAAACUGAGAAGCGGUAAAAGUAUUCACGCCGGACUUGCCUAUAUCUAUCUACAAAGUUACCUAAUCUACUGGUGUCGCUAACCCGAAAAUACGGCCUGCAUACCUGCUGCACCAAGCCUGCAGUGGCUGUAUAUAAAGACGUUUGUGGGUGUGUGCAGUGAUGCAGGUGGGUGUUGGACAUUUGAGCCAAUCUCUUUGAUUUGCUCUCAGUGUGAAGUAUUCAGGACAUUUGAUUGGCCACCUGACAACCUUGAAUCCUAAUUUGAAAUCCUCUGUGAACUGUAAUUCCAAAACUAUAUUGCUGAGAGAAUUAAACCAGUUUUAAAUAAGAUUUGUUCACUUUCAGGGUGAUUAGUAGAUAGUACCUUUUACUCCAUGACAAUAUCAUGUCAAGAGGUUAAUGACACUUUUGCAAAAAUACAUGAUUCAGCUUUAUACAGUCAUGCUGUUCUGCUUCAUGGCAAUUUGUGGGUUUCAUGUUGAGUGACACCAGUCUUCUCUGUAAAUGUUGCCUGCUAAAAAACGUAAGGGUCUAGCACUUUGAAAAAAGAAUUAAGGGUUUUUAUAUUUAGACAAAACCAAAACAGUUAACUAAAUUUAUCCCUUUAAUGUCUUUUGUAUAUAUCAUAUUAUCAUAUUUAACACUCAUAUAUAUCAUAUUUAACACAGACUUUUAUAUACUUCUAUCAAAUCAAUAUGAUCAACAAAUUACAAAAAAAACCCUGCCUGAAUACAGUCCAAUAAAUAGUAAAAAUGUCCUCUUGUAGUUUAUCAGUUUCCAAAAACAUCUAAUGUAUCAAACGAGAUAAAUAAACAUAUUUGUUAAACUUUGAGGACAUUUAGAGUUGUUUGGUUUUCAGUAGUAAGUGAAAUAAACAUUUCAGCUACAAAAAAAGUGUUUUCUGGCCCAAAUUUGUUGUGUCAGGCAUUAAAGGGAUACAAUCCUAAGAUUCAAGAUAUCAGCAAUGAGAAUCAGAACUCUGCUCUAAGGAGUCUUCUUGUUGUGUUUAAAUAACACACCCCCUACUGUGAGAGCUAUGAUGUUUUGCAACUUACUGAGAAUGGCUGUUAAGAAGCAAGUAGCUGUGUUACACAAAACAUCAUAUUACCCAAACCUAUUCAACUUCUUUGAACACGGGGUCUUUUCUUCCCAAGGUGAAAUGAGUAAUUUCAUAGGCUUCUGAUUUGCAUCAGUAAAUUCACAAAAUCAGGGUAAUGUCUGAGUUCAAGAUCACAACAUAAGCAUCCAAGGAGACAGCUACCAAUAGGUAUCUCACUCAGUGUGUUUGGCUAAAAGAUGGCACUGUUACAGACAUCAGUGCGUGUUUGUGAUAUAGAGACAUGGUGACAUAACCUGGGUCCCCUAACCUUGGUUGAACAUGUCAGUGCAUACUCUGCCUAAACCUUCAUUUGCAAUCCU